AACACAAAUCUGACGUGAUUAUGGCAAUGUACGAAUACAGUAGAGAGCUCUUCAUAAAGCAAUGUAGAAAAAGAGAGAGAGGGCGAAAGAGAGACAAAUAGAAUGAUGGCACACGGAACCAUUGGCAAUGAGAAAGAGAAAACAAUGAAAAUUGCUUACGCUUUAGUUUGUUGCGUGUGGUACAAUUUCAUUACAAUGCAACAAAAAUCAAAGCAUUCAAUUCCGAAGGAAGACUCUCUAGUUGUAAUUUUUUCUUUGUAAAUAAGGAAAUGUCAAGUGAAAAGUUCUACUUAAUCAAGACUAUUCAAAAAAUUUCUACUUAAUGACUACUUGAUUCGUGUUUUCGAUUUAGUUGAAGCGCAAUAUUUUUUUUCCAUAUUUCAAGUAUAUGCAGGCGAAAUCUUUUAAGCUAAUAACUCCAAAAUGUGAAGCCGAUUACAAAUAUAUGCAUCCAAGUACAUAAAGCAUAGAAAUUUAUUGUGACAAUGUAUCUUAUCGCUUAAUAUUUGUUCAAAAAUAUUGUACACAUCAAACUUAAAUCCGAACAACUAGCUGGUUAUGAAUCUGGUGUUUUGGAAUUUUGAUCGGAACGCGUACCUGUGUACGCAAAAUAAGUUCAGUACAAAUCAAAAGUGAUUUUCAAUUGUGCCUGUGUUGUCUCUAUGACUUCGAUAAAGAGAAGUAGAAAGGUGAAACGAAAGAAAAAAAUAUUGUUUGAGAUUAAUGAAUCAUUAAACAGUGUUAUUGAUUAAAAAGGAAGAAAGAAAAGGAGGUGAAACAACGAGAAAAAAUUAUCAUACUGAUUAAAAUAUCAAAAUAAUGAUGGCAUAUUGCGUUUAAAAUUAAUGGUAGCGCCCAUGUGUAAAAUCAAGUGCAAAGAAUACGAUGAACAUUUUCGGAAAAUAUGCUCGACAUAGAGUAAAUAUAAGAAUCAGAAUAUUGCUUUGGAGCUUUUUUAUUUUUGGUGCAUUGGCCUCGGAUGCAAUAUCAGAGAUAAAUCAGGGCGUUGGUAAUAAAACGGCCGACGAUGUUGCUGCUCAAAUCGGAUGCUGCAGAAAUUCGACAAAUCAUACGGACAAAAAUCAUCGAAUUGAAAUCGAAUAUAAAACGACCGUUGUUCAAAAUGAGUAUAUAGUACGAUUCAGGGAGUAUCUUCUACCGGAUGUACGUGAACAACAUAUAAAAAAUGCAUUGAAUAAUUCAACCGCCUUAAAGUGGCAAGUAAUUAAGCGACAAAAUCCAGCCAGUGAAUAUCCCAGUGAUUUUGAUGUGGUUAUGAUCGAUGAAAAUGCACCCUAUACGGCUAUUGAAACAUUACGAUCUCAUUCAUCGAUCAAAAGUAUAACGCCACAACGAAUGGUUCAUCGAACUCUCAAAUACAUUCCGAUUUCAAGUAACAAUAACAAAACGGCAAUUACAAACGAAGAACCAAAUGAUGGUUAUGAUUCCGAUCAUGCAUAUACAAACGAUAAUGUUGAAGAAGAUAAUAAUGUUGAUGAGGAUGAGGAUGAAGAAAAUGAGAAAUUAUUACUUGAGUUAUUGGAUAAAUUGAAUGGAAAUACAAUACACAAUGAAGAAACUAUUUCCGAUUCAGAAUGUGAGGGCACAAAUUGUCAAUUCAAACAUUUUCGCCGUGGACUUACAAGUGUACAACAUAUUGAACAAGAUCAACAGCAACCAAAUGAAAAUGCGUCUUCAUUCAAAUCCAAAGCAAAUAGGCACACUAAUCGACGUCUGCUACGGGCCGCCAUUCCACGUCAAUUGACGUCAAUGUUAAGAGCCGAUGGUUUGUGGAAUAUGCAAAUAACAGGCAAAGGGAUUCGAGUAGCUGUAUUCGAUACGGGAUUGGCUAGAAAUCAUCCUCACUUCAAACGUGUUAAGGAACGCACAAAUUGGACAAACGAGAAAACUUUGGAUGACGGUGUGAGCCACGGAACAUUUGUUGCCGGUGUGAUUGCGUCCAGCAAAGAUUGUCUUGGUUUUGCUCCAGAUGCUGAGCUUCACAUCUAUCGUGUUUUUACCAACAACCAAGUAUCAUAUACGUCAUGGUUUUUAGAUGCAUUUAACUAUGCCAUUCUUCGGAAGAUUCACGUUUUAAAUUUAAGCAUUGGGGGACCAGACUUUCUCGAUCACCCAUUCGUUGACAAAGUGCUUGAGCUAACCGCGAAUAAAGUGAUUAUGGUUUCUGCAAUUGGAAACGAUGGUCCGUUGUAUGGAACACUCAACAAUCCUGGUGAUCAGAGUGAUGUUAUAGGCGUCGGCGGAAUGAAUUUUGAUGAAAAUAUCGCAAAAUUCAGUUCAAGAGGCAUGACGACGUGGGAAUUACCGUAUGGCUAUGGACGAUUGAAACCAGACAUUGUGACUUAUGGUAGUCAAGUGAAGGGAAGCAACGUUAAAAGUGGAUGUCGAUCAUUAUCUGGUACAUCUGUAGCUUCGCCAGUAGUGGCCGGUGCUGUUACUCUUUUAGCUAGCGGUGUGAUCGAUAAACUAGACUUAGUGAAUCCGUCUUCGAUGAAGCAGGCAUUGAUCGAGGGUGCAACACGUUUACAUGACAAUAAUAUGUUCGAACAGGGCUAUGGAAAGCUGAACAUAUUGAGGAGCAUGAAAAUUUUGUCUGAAUAUAUACCAAAAGUGACAUUGAGUCCACCGUAUUUAGAUUUCACGGAAGACUACAUGUGGCCGUAUAAUACACAGUCUUUAUUCUAUACCAGUGUUCCCACCAUUGUCAAUGUUACGAUACUGAAUGGAAUGGGCGUUACGGGACGUGUAAUCAAUAAACCGACAUGGCAUCCAUACAUUCUGCAAAAUGGAAAUUUGUUAAACGUUUCCAUCACCUAUUCAGAAGUUUUAUGGCCAUGGUCUGGCUGGUUGGGUGUGAGAAUUGCUGUUAAUGAAGCGGGUGAAAAGUUUGAAGGCAUGGCUCAUGGUCAUAUUACGCUGACAGUUCAAAGUCCUAGUUCAAAUGAUAACGAGACUCGAAAUAGUACCGUCAGCUUUUAUAUUCGCGUGAAGAUAAUACCAAGACCACCGCGUCAAAAAAGAAUUUUGUGGGAUCAGUAUCAUAGUCUUCGAUAUCCACCGGGCUAUUUACCUCGAGAUAAUUUGAAAAUGAAAUCAGAUCCACUCGACUGGCGAGCUGAUCACAUUCACACAAAUUUCAGAGACAUGUACACACAUUUACGAAAUGCUGGCUAUUAUGUUGAAGUAUUGGGUGAGCCAUUCACAUGUUUCAAUGCUACAAAUUAUGGCACUUUGUUGAUUGUUGAUCCGGAGGAGGAAUAUUUCAAUAGCGAAAUCAAAAAAUUGAAAACCGAUAUAUUAGACUGGAAUUUAAGUGUGAUUGUAUUCGCCGAUUGGUACAAUGCUAGCGUUAUUCGAAAAAUUAAAUUUUAUGAUGAAAACACACGUCAAUGGUGGAUGCCAGAUACGGGUGGAGCAAAUAUUCCUGCUUUAAACGAACUACUCAAUGAUUUCGGCAUUGCGUUUGGUGACGAAGUUUGCGAAGGGUACUUCAAUAUGGGCGAUCAUGGCAUGUAUUAUGCGAGCGGCUCGUCCUUAAUUCAAUUUCCACAAAACCCACAAUCAAUUGUCAUUGAACGUGAUCUACAUGAUCAGGGGAUCGAGAUAUUGAAUGGUGAAGUGCAAAAAACUAAGCGACCAAAACCAAUUUUGGGCUUGCUACAAACAACGAAAUCUUUGGUACAACAAAAAAUGGAAAAUAAUGUGGAAUUUAAUGACGUCGAAAACCAGAAUUUAUUUGAAACAAUGGAACAAACGAUAAACGAAGAUACGAAUGCCGCUUUCAAUCAUGUGGUUGAUGAAAAUCCCAUUAUAAAUAAGCGAAUUUUGUUGAAAGUUAAUUACGACCAAUCCAACAAUAUUGAGACAGAAUUUAAAGACGAUGGGAAGCAAAUGUUGAACGAAAUGAAAUCUAAGGAAACACAUAAUGCACCAAACGAAAAUGUCGUUUAUGAUAAAAUGAAAGUGAUAAAACAAUAUUCAGCAACAGCUGCUUUUUCCAAUGGUGAAAAUAGUCAGAAUCAGGGUUCAGAUUAUAAACAACAUUCAAGAGAAGGUCGCAUUGUAGUGUAUGGUGAUUCAAAUUGUCUCGAUUCGACACAUAUCGAAAAGCCUUGCUUUUGGUUGCUGGACGCAUUGCUCGAGUACACGAUGACAUCACAUAUUUCAACAGUUCUUAAAGACCUCGAUCGCUCACCAAACAUUCGAUUCACUCCAAAUUUGAUAAGCAUGCCUAAAAGGUUACCGAACAACAAUUUACAUUUGUAUUCAAAAGUGUUGCAGCUAGCAGCAACCAAUGAUGUGCUAAGUAGCGGUGCUGUAAAUGAUGGCCUGACAAAAUCAAAUACUCAAAUCAAACGGCCAAUCCCAAAGUGUAAUCGUUUACAUUGGGAAACGCCGAUUUUUUUGAAUAUUAGCACACCGACUGAUUUCCACUUGCUAAAAGAUGACUUGGAUGGUGAUGCUCAAGCAGCUGAGUCAAACCUACGACGAAAAUUGGAGAGUCAAAAAGGUGAGCCGGAAACAUGAUUCUUGACGAUAUCGAUCUACCAAUGAAGAGCUGGCGUAACAAAAAUCCAUCAGGUGACAUAGCAAUGUCAUUAAAUAUCGAUCAGAGUGGUGACAAAAUGAAGGUAUUCAAGAAAAGCGAUGCCGAUGUCCUCAGGGAAUCAUCAGAUAUUCAUCAUUCACCGUUUCAGCUGCCAAAAUUAACGAAUUCGAUUCAAAUGAAGGAGGAAUCUUUCAGUUUGUCUAUGUAUCUAUUACUGAUUUUAACCUUGAUUGUUAUCAUCCUAUUUUUAAACUGUUAUCGUAAGAGUAGAAACACAAUUCGAACGAGACGAAAAUGUUUUCCAUUCAAUAAGUUGAGCUUUUAAAUUUUUAUAUGUUUGACUCGGUUUUUUCAAAACUAUUCAAUAAUGUAUAUCGAUGAUUUGAUUCAAGCGCAUUGUGCAUAUUGAAUUUAUUUAUUUAAACAAAAUAAAAGAAAUACGAUAAAUAACUUUUUUGGGCAUUUUGCUGAAACAAUAUAUUUUUUCAACUUUUUAUUUGUAAAAAAACAUUGAAAAUGUUCAACUAUUAAAACUUUUUGCGUUUUCACAUUUCAAUUCUGUAAAUAUGCAUAGGUUCAUCCAAGCUAGGCUAGAAAGUUUUGUAAAUAAAGUAAAAAUCUGAAAA